UACCAUGAGUAUCGCAUACCAGUAAGGUAAGCCUGUGGCAGGGAAAAGUAUUAUCAGCAUGCAGAGCUACGAAUGCAGGGGACGGCUAGGGAAAAGGUGCAGCAGCGCCGAAUGCCUAACCGUUACGCGCACUGCAUUCUCAAGACAAAACUCCAACAGUGCCCCCGAUUUAGUGGACCAUGAGUCAGAAGUGGCCUUUGUGAUACAUCGCUAUGGUAGCAGCUACCACAUCCCGCAGUUCAACUAUCAUGACUGCAACAAUCCACCAACGUCAUCAUCAACUCCUCCAACGUGCCCCACGAUGUCCCCGGUGGUAGAGUACGGCGAGUACCAAGCCACCCCUUCAUCGAUCAAAGUGCGAGGCUCAAUCAGCUUCCUGGACGACUUCGUGCCACAGAAGGGGCGCAGGCUCCGAAAGCACUGCGCCGAGCUGGAUCCCUUCGAGGGCCAGUGCCGCUACUGGCCAGACUCUCCGCUCGAGCGUAUACAUCCGGAGCAGGGUUGCAUUCCCAUACUGAAGGCGGUCUACUUUACGCGCAACAACAAUGAUCUGGACAAGGAGAACGCUCACUUCAAGCUAGCGGAAGCAUUGAUAUCGACAUUCGAGUUGUUGAAAUGGAAGAGCUGUCUAAGCCGUUCGUCAAGCCAACUUCUCAGCAAUCUGGACUGGGACUCGGCGAACGAACCCAGUCCUACGUCAGCAGUUUCCUUUCGCGAUCCGAGCACUAAUUCGGACGAAAGCUGCGAAGCGAUCGAAGCGAAGGAAACGACCUGCGACCUGAAAACGUAUUCGGCAGAGGAGAUUGCUAUCAGCUUGCUCAAUAAGUUUCAGGACAAGCAGCUUCCGUCCGCGGGCGAUUUUCUUUGGCUCGUGUCCGAGCAGGAUGCGCCACAAAAAAUUCUGCCCAUGCCCAGCGGUGCGGUGAUCGAUCCGGACGACGUGCAUCCGGUGUACGACACGAGUACGCUGAUCCGAGGCACACAGGAAUGGGCUCCCCCUCGGGCGCAAGUCAUCUUCACCUAUAAGCCGCAGCCAUUGGAACGUCGCGAGCACAUGAAAAAGCAAGGAAAUCGAUGCGAAGGGUGUGGCAUUAAGGUCAACAAAACGUACAUGAGUCGCUACCGAUACUGCCACUACACUGGCAAAUUUAACUGUUCCGGGUGCCACAAGAAUCAAAUGGCCAUCAUCCCAGCCCGAGUGAUUCAUCGCUGGGACUUUGCCGCUCUGCCCGUGAGCGUGUUCGCCUACCGCGUGCUUGGCGACAUCUGGAGCACGCCGCUGUACCGUGUAAACCAUCUCUUCCCGGAGCUGUAUGGCAACGUGAAAAUGCUGCGAAACGUACGUCAGGCCCGGGUGAAUAUGAAAUACGUCAAAGAUUUCAUCAUGAACUGCCGGCACUCGGAAAGCCUACGCAGCGUUUUGCAAGAGGUGCCUGAAUACUUCACUUCCGAUUUCGACAUGUGGUCGAUGGCCGAUUUUCUGGCCGUGAAAAACGGAACACUCGCGCGAAUACUCGAAUCGAUUGUAGCGCGCUGCGAAAAGCACAUCCUUAGCUGUGAGCUUUGCCGGGCACGUGGUUUCGUGUGUGAGAAGUGCAUCGGGCAGAAGGUGGUGCACGGGAAGCACGUACUGUUCCCCUGGCAGCCGAAGGUCUUCAAAUGCGAACAGUGCGGCACGUGCUACCAUGCCGAAUGUUGGCGCCGGGAUAAAACCUGCAAUAAAUGCUACCGAAUGCACCAGCGAGCCACCACCGGUACAGCAUGAAAUAGCUCUUGAAACAGCAAAUAUUAUUGCCACGAAAAUACCUCCAAUUAAUGUGCAAUCAAAGUGCGCGCGACAGAAUUUUAGAAUCGAAUUUACCACCAAUCACAGUGUACCCGUGCAGGGCGCGUUUUGCCGUUCGCAGCGCGCAACAUCAUCAUCGUCUUCGUAGUACUGGUGGUGACCCUUUUUGCCCUUUUGGCUCAUUCUGAGGCUGCACGUAUCCCGCUUGCGGCAGAAGACAGUCCCGUGUAUUUUGGAGGCAUCGUUGCCGCUAAUGGACGGUUCGGGAAGCAAAUUCAGCACUUUCCUGUCGCGGACUUCAACCGGCGUGAGCAGGCGAACUCGACCAGACAGAAGGAGAUGGUUCCGAGGAUGCCGAGUACGACAAGUAUGAUCAGCUGAGCGUGCAGGCCACAGUACGACGAGUAGACAAAACUGGCGGCAGCGGCCACGGACUGAUGGGAAGGGGAAAAGUGAAGCAGUGAUCAGUUGGUGCAGUUGAA